UGGGCCUGGUCCACGCUGUUCAAAACCUUAACUACGUGUCGUGGUAGUGUACCCCAAAGUGUCCCCAUUCAAUGUUUCUCGUACGCCGAAAGCGGAAGCGGCGUACAGUUUGGGGUACGCUUUAUCUACUGAAUAUUUUGUAUAAUAAAAAUAAAUUGAAAAAAAAACGUGCGGUGUAAAAUGCAUACCUUCGAAAACUCCACGUUCGUCACGCCUCUUCCCAGGAAACCACCACGUCAUCCGUAAACCCACCACUCACCGAUGACCACGUGUCCGCUCUUUCUUACGUAUAGAGGGUGUGGUCUAUAGACCUGGUUCACCGAAUAUAUUCCCGCUUCCCUCCUCUCUCUCGCGCGCGUAUGCUUCGUCCCCAAGCAAUGCAUCGCUUCAAAAGCUCCCCUCCACAUCAAAACCCUAACCCUAACCCUAACCCUAAUCCAAACCCUAACAAUGGCGGAUUCCCCUUCUCCUUCUCCGACUCCGCGGCAUCUGGAUCUCGGCGAUCUGAAGGCGCUCUCCGUCCUCGGCCGCGGGGCCAAGGGCGUCGUCUUCCUCGUCCGCCUCGCCGGAGGGGGGGAGGAGGAGCCGCUCCUCGCCCUCAAGGCCAUGUCCCGGGCGUCGCUCGAGCGCCGGAGUUUGUCCGGCGACGGCGGAGGGGGCGGCGCGUAUCGGAGGGUGCGGGUGGAGAGGGACGUGCUCGGGGCGCUGCGGCACCCGCUCCUCCCCGCGCUCCGCGGCGUCGUCUCCACGGAGAAGGUCGUGGGGUUCGCCAUGGAGCGGUGGUGCUGCGGCGGCGACCUCGGCGCGCUGCGGCGGCGCCAGGCCGACGGGAUGUUCUCCGACGAGGUCAUCCGCUUCUACGCGGCGGAGCUUGUGCUUGCGUUGGAGUAUCUCCACGGAUUAGGGAUUGUGCACCGCGAUCUCAAGUCGGAGAACAUCCUCAUCCAGGACGACGGCCACCUGAUGCUCGUCGACUUCGACCUCGCCGCCAAACUCCCUAACCGAUCUCCUUCGCCUUCGCCUUUGCCACCGCCACCCCCACCGCCGACUGUGUCCGUCGCCUCCUCCGUAGGUAAGAAGAAAAAGAAGGUGAGGAAAAAGCGCCUUUCGUCGCACUUCUGCCUCUCGGGCGAUCCCGAAGUGUCUCCGGAGACUGCCGCCGGUCCGCCACCGUUGGAGGCGAAGCCUGCGAUGUCGUCGUCAAAGUCGAACUCGUUUGUCGGGACGGAGGACUACGUGGCUCCUGAGGUCGUGGCCGGAGGCGGCCAUGACUUCGCAGUUGACUGGUGGGGCCUCGGGGUGGUUCUCUAUGAGAUGCUAUACGGGCGCACGCCCUUUCGGGGGCAAAACCGGAAGGAGACUCUUUACCGUAUCGUGGCGAAGGAUCCGGAUCUGGUGGGGGAGAGAACGCCGUUGCGGGAUCUGAUCGCGAGGCUGCUCGAGAAGGACCCGGCGAAGCGGAUCGCGUGCGAGGGGGUGAAGCAGCACGCGUUCUUCCGAGGGGUGGAUUGGGAAUCCGUGCUGACGGUCGCCAGGCCGCCGUUUAUCCCUCCACCGGGGGCGGAACGGGAGAAUGAGGAUUGCGACGCGAUCGACGUCGAGAAAGUGGUCGAGGAAGUGUUCGAACGCGGCGACGCGGCAAAAGGAAAGGGUGAGAAGGUGGAGAAGAACAGCUGUGAAGAGCAAGUGAGAGACUCUCCUAAAACUGAUGAUUUUUCCGUGUUUUAACUUAAUGAUUAUUUUAUUUAUUUAUUUAUUUAUUUAUUUAUAUAUAUAUAUUUUUUGCUGGAUUAAGAAAGGAGGGAAAAAAAAUGUAAAUUGAUAGAGGUAGAAUUAGAAAAAACAUUGAUCCAUUAUGUAUUAAUAAUGUUGAUAUUGUAUUUGAUUCUUUUGUACAUAAAAAGAAAAAAGAGAAAUACAAAGAGUAAGUAAUUUGAAUUUUUUUUGUAA